CCCAGUUCAAAUUACACGGCGCUCCGUCAGUCAGAAAAAAACAUAACACUUUAAUAACCGAAUGAACACACAAAAACAACACGUUGUCAGUCGUAACAAAGAGAGUGUUUUACAUUAAUAUUUCUUGUGGAUAAAUGUAAAAUCUUAUGAACAUUGGAUUUUUUAAUUGGAUUUAUUUACCGCCAUGAUUUGGUGGCUAAAAAUCUUAAUUUGUACCUGUAUUCAUAGUAUACUAUUUUCCUUAAUUACAGGUUUAGAAUGUGAAUGUUCAACGUAUGAAUGUUUGUCGGAGAGAAGGAGAACAUGUACAGCUAGUCAUUCGUGUUAUAGUCAAAUGACCAAUGAUAUUGUAGAGAGAGGAUGUAUAGAUAGAAAAACACCAUUACUGUGUGAAAAUCAACGUCCAAACAAGAAGAAGAUAGCUAAACUAAUGGCUGGUUGGCCUGUAUUACAUUGUUGUCGUGACAAAGACUUUUGUAAUAAAGGUGUUGUACCAACGGCACCUCCCCAAAAUAAAGAUCUUCCAGGUUUGACAUCAGAAGAAGAUACACACGAUUAUGUGGAUGAACAUCCAAUAGAGACAAUAACAGAGAAGACAAACUGUCCUCAAUCAGUUUUAAAUUCCGGAAACGGAAACUCCGGGAUGAUAAAUCCUAUCUACAUUGCAGUUCCAGUUGCAGGACUGUGUGUACUUCUAGCCCUCAUUAUAUUUGCGAUGUAUCUGUUACGGCGGAGAGGAGACUAUUAUGAACGAUAUCCUUAUCCUCCAGUUGUGACAAUUCCACGUCAUCAUGUUAGUUGCAAAGACUCAAAAUGUGCGCCAUCAUGUAAACUAAACCGAUGUACAGACAGUGAACGAUCUUCUUCCGGAAGUGAAACUAAAUUAUUUUUAUAAAUCUAUUUCUUCUUCAUUAUUUCCAUUUAUCAAAAACUUCUGUAAAAUGAUAAACGACAAAACAUUUACUGCACUGGAUAUAUAGAUCACUAUUAAUGCAGGUCAAAAACAAGUAGACAUUUUCUCCCAUUUUGAUUUCUUACGUUUCGUCCGUACAUAUUUUUAUACAAAAUGUUCACACCGUGGUACUGAACGGAAAUUUACAUUUAGUUAAGUGUCUGUAAACACGUAGAUUAAAAAAAUUGAAGACCAAUUUCAGGGAUGCAUAUAUCCUAUCAUGUUUAUAAUUCUUCUGUUAUAUACAGAUAUUUAUGUUUAAAAGAUUUUUUGAUAAAUGGCAUUGAAAGAGCGAACAUUAUUUAUAUACAUGGACGCGUGUGUGUGUGUGUCUGUUUGUGGGAUAAUAGCACAAAUGACAAAUAAUAUAUCAAUGGAAUAUGUGAAUCGAUUUGUAUGGUAUAACUUUUGGGUGUAUUGUUGCAGAGGAUUGUAUUUGUGUGUGGUGUGUGUUUGUAUAUGGGUAAAUGAGACAAACAGUUUACAAACAUAUGUGAGUGCCUUGUACAUGUGCAAGAUAAGUGCUAGAUUUGAUUUAAAUGUUAUUGAAAGUUAAAUGCUGUGAUAAAUCUACAUGUUUUUAAAUGAUAAGGAAUAGCGUUUGGUGCAUCUUAAUAAUCAAUACAGUUAGUGAGAUAAAUAAUAAAAGUGAAAUAUGAUAUAAUUUCCAUUCUAAUAGGUAUAUGGGGAAUGGCUGAUGUUCCAUUAAGCAGCAUGUGGUGUCUUACUCUGGACACUUCUGCUAUUGUUAUGUAAUAUAUACACUAGUACUGUUUUUACAUACUCAAUUUUAGUUGACAAAACUUUCAACAACUUUAAAACGUUGCCAACGGUCCCAUUAAAGCAGAGAACGAAGUCAACUUCAAGAAGGAUAAAACCGAAAAUACAGAGUUGUUGAAUAAACUAACAAUAACACUCAAUACUGUUUUUGCCAAAAACAAAUCAGCUUUUUUAUAUUAAGAUAACUCUUUGGACCAAAAUUAUCAUGCUUAAUGAAACUUCAAAUUUUGAAAAGGCAGCGCUUUCGUCACUCAUUAUAAAAUACAAUUUAUAAUCUCAGGGUUUUAUAUGUCUCACUUCCACUGGACGGGAGUAACUAUUAGUCAUCAUUGCGCAUGAUUCAUUUCUGAAUCUGUAUAGCACAUUUUCACAUUAUUGUCAUAAAUUUACAGAGUUAUUUAAAAAGAUAAAAUAUAGUUUGCACAUUCAUAAUUUUAUGUUAUUUUAAGUUAAAUCAUUUUAAAUGUGCGAAUGUUUGUAUAUUUCAUCAUUAUCAAUUGUAAAUGAAAUUUAGAUUUAACCAUUUAAUGAUAUGAAUUUAACAAUAUUUGAAAUGUAUGACCAUUAAUUCAUUUUAUUAUUUAAUUUGACGGGUUUUUUUUCAGUACCGGUACUAUAAUAUUUUCAGACGAUCAGUUUUCAACUUAUUUAGACAUGUCACAAGAUGGCCAUUUUGGGUUCAAUCAAAUCGUAAAUAUACACUUGAAGAAAUUAUCAAAUAAAGCUUUAAAAUCCUCUUUUUGUUAAGUGGAAGUUUUACCUUUAUGGUUGUUCAUUAAGUAAAACAAGACAUGUUUUACAAUUCGCAAAUGUGAUCGUUCUUGAAGCUUACAUUUUUCUGUUAUGUGAUUAGCUGAACCUUGAUGCACGAUCUUGAUGUUAAUGUCAAGAUAUAAAGGUGGUCUAAAUUUUGUAGUCUACUGACAUUUUUAAAAAAAUAUUUCAAACUAAUUUUCUUUAAAAACACCAAGUAUUUAAAAUGGAUUUUUUUAUAAUUAAAUAGAAACAUGGACGAAUAUGUUAGUUAUACGUCCUUGAUAGAAACUAGUUUGCAUUACAAUACAAUACAAUGAAGCAAUGGCUUUUAAGCAAAUUUCAAAUAAUUUUGAUAAAAUCAUACGAAAAAAUCCAUUUCAACAUUUUAACCACAACUCUAGUUUCCGUAGCACAAAUAAAUAGGAUCAAUUCAUUAUUGUGUAAUCGACGAUUUUAUCGCUUCUAGAAAAACAUUUCAUAGUUAUGCUCACCAACUUUCCAAUAGAACGAGUGACACUGCUAUAUGCUCUGUUACUGACUAAAAAUUUGUAUUUUAUUAGUUUUAUUAAAAAAAAUAUGAGCAAAAUAAUCAAACCAUUUGUAUUCACCAAUAUAUUUUUCUUUUUCAAACGAUCUCAAUUCGUCUUUAACCUCAGUGCGGAACUUUCAUUAAAUUCUCUUAGCACAUAACAAACGAAAUUUUCGUUUAAAUUCUCUGCGAUGAAAAGUAAAUAUUAAAUGCAUUUAUGCAUUACAUUUAUUUGAAAGUUAUCUAAAAUCAUGAUACUAUAUCUAGUAAGUGUAAAUAGAAACACUCAAAUAAUAAAUUUUGCUAUUUAAAUGUGCCAUUUAUUCAUCUAUAUUUUGCCGGUAUUUUGCAAUCAUUGUUUUCUGUUGUAUUUUGUUGUUUAAAAUGUAUAUUAAAAGAGAUGGGAUAGUGGGGAUUUUUUUUAUAAAUAAAACGAAUUCUUA